CAGAGUCCGUUCAGCCCCAGGAAGGAGGGGACAUGGCCGGAGAGAGGACCACGCUUCUCUUCUAUGUGCUGGUGGCAGCAGCCGGGGGUCUGCAUCCCUGUGGUGGCACCGAGGUGCUGAGGGGGCUGGAGGGACGGUCCAUCUCCUUCCCAGCCCUGCUUUCCACCUCUGGGGACAUCGCGAGGGUCACAUGGAGGACCCAGGAGACCCACAUCGCCGAGGCCAAGCCCAAGCAGAAGGUGUUCACCGUCGACUACCUGCCCCGCUUCCGAGGGCGGCUCCUCAUCCACCCCACCAACCUCUCCCUGGAGAUGGGACCCCUGGAGCUGGAGGACAGCGGGUUUUACAACGUGGUGGUGGACACCUUUUCCGACCCCACCAACCCGAAAACCUUUUCCUACUUCUUGCUGGUUUAUGAUGGCUCAACCGGGACCGGUGACAGCAGAAGACACAACGGGAGCACGGUGGGACCCUGGGGGACAACCGAGCCCUGUGCUGGAGAUGCCACCACCCAGGGUGAAGGUGGGGGGCAGCCCCCAGGAGGCGGAGGGGGGACGGGGAGGUGCGGGGUGUGGGACCACUACUGCGUGGUGAAGGGGUGGCUGGUGGCCACCAUCUUCGGGCCACUGCUGAUUCUGGUGGUCGCCGUCCACGUCGUGACCAGGGACAAAGCCACGAAGCCAGGGGAAGCUCAGGGGGGCCCCAUGGGGUGCGAGCCCCCCGGCAUCACCGCUCCACGGGGACCAUCCCCAUGGUGGUGAGGAGCCUGGACUCGGGGUGGGGAGGGUGUCCCCUGCCUCAGUUUCCCCAGGGGGAAAUAAAGUCCCUCAGGGAUGCGACGUGAAACCCGGUUUCCUCAUCUCUUGCACAUGAAACUGCCCCAAAAAUGGGGCAACGACUCUUCCUCCCAAAGGCCACCACAGCCCAUGGAGGCGGGGGGAGACCAGCAGCCCCCCAGCACCUGGGCAGGACCAAAAGACACCCCUGCACCGAGCGUCGGGUCUCAGCACACCCCAUCCAGGGACACCUCCGUUACCGGGGGGCAUCAUCGGUUUCACACUUACGGCCCCGAAUCCGGUGCGAGAUAAUAAUUCAGCGUCUCAUAAAACCUUCUAU